AACGACAUCAAAUCAUCUGCAGCAGACGGUCCAGGCUAACUGUGCGAUAUCAAAUAAAUUUCUUACGUUUUUGCUCGAGCAAUCUCACCACACACCAGAAACAUGAAGGUUAUUAUGGUAACGCUGUUGUUGGCCGCAGUCGCCCUGUCCGCCGUCCGAGCCGGAGCGAUCGGCGCCUACUACCCCGCCCCGGCAAUCGUACCGGCACCCGCGGCCUACUACGCCGCCCCGGCACCGGCCCUGGUCCGGACCCCGAGCUUGGACAGCGCCGUGGUGCACUCGGAACGCGUCGGCGGCAACUUCGCGUACAGCUCCGUCGAGGGACACGCUUACACCGCCCUAGCGCCGGUUGUCCACCCGGCCCCGGUGGCCGUCGCCUACAAGGCCCAGCCGCUCGUCGCCCCAUACCCGGUCGUCCACGCCGCCCCGCUACCAGCCGUCUACGCGCCAGCCAAGACCUUCUACUACGCUCACUAAACCGACCCCUGCCACCACCGACGACGAAAAGGCCAGCGCUCAUGUGUUUGAUCUAGUUUCCGUUUUUUCUACCUAAAAAAAAAAACCUCCCCCCCGAUGGCGACAUUGUCGCGAUUUUUUACUGUAACGAUAAUAAUUUUAAUUUUUUGAUUGCAUAAUGUACAUAUAGGAGCGCAAUAUAAUAAUAGUUUUGAUCGUAAUACUGUAUUAUGUAAUGUAAUAUUAUAUUAUUACGACGCGUCGGAACAUCCGCCUCGCCAAUAAUAUGUACGCGUCACUUAACGUUUACCUCCUCACCCCCAACCACUCUAACGAACGUACACGGACGUGCUUCAUAUUUUUGUACCUUUUUUUUUUUCAAUACUGCUGAAUAAAAAAUAUUUCUGAUUUGAAAAAAAAAAACA